UCGCUAUGGCCGCGUCCCCAGAUUGACGCAGGAUUUAUAUAUGUAUAUAUACGAAGUUUACGAAGUUCUUUAUGCGAUGAGAAGUUGUUUAGGGGAAGACCUCCCGGUUGUGUGAUGGAUGUUGCAGCGAGGUGAAGUGACUGUGUGACGUCACGUUUUCCUCCAAGCGAGAGACUUUUCGGGUUUCGAGUUCAUUUUGGGGUAAAAAGACCCAAUUUUUUUUAGUGAAACUGGUCUGGUCUUAAUUUCUAUAAAGGAAAUUACACAAUUUUAAAAAGGUGAUUACUUACUAUUUAAAAAAAAAAAAGAUUACAAGCUUCACACUUUUAAAGGUUAUCACUUACUUUUAAAAAAGAUUACAUGCUUGUAAAAAAGCAGGUUACUACACACUUUUUGGGAAGCUUUUUAAAAAAAGUGUUUGAGGUUAAGAAUCCAUUUUAUGUGAAGUGAAACUGAAAGGAGAUUACACUUCUCGAUUGAACUUAUUUUUUAGAAGUUGAAGUGUUUAAAGAAAUAAGAAAAAAAAAAAGACGUGAUUUAGAGGCCGAUAAAAACGACAACUUUAUCACAUUCAGACCAGAUCAAUCCGUAGAUGUAAGGUGUGAUGCUAAAUAUCCCAUCUGUGAUAACUGAAAGACUGCAGAAGACUUGAGUCUGCACUGUAUUCACAAUUGGAUUUAGGACGAGCUUGUACAGAAGGAAUUUUGACCCCUGUAGAAUUGGACGAGAGGCGAGGAAUUUGGGAAUUAUCUGAAGCCCCCCGUGAUGGCCCAAGGCAUACCUUGCAGCACUGAUUGGUAACCUGCCUUCAGACACCCAAGAUGCCAGGGAAUGUGCGAUACGCAAGCUAUGGGGCCAACAACAGCAAUGCCCCUUCGAGGACGAAGUCACUCGAUUGCCUUGCAGAUAAAAAUGACAAAACAAAUGAGUACAUACCCUCCAGAAUUACCAGAAUGGCCCCCAAAGCAAAUGAGACUGCCAUGCAGUUUGUCAAGCCACCACCAAUUUAUCCCAACCACUUGUACCAGCAGUCGAAGACUGGGCCAGCAAACCUCUACAAAACUGCGACAGAGCAGAUCAAGAAGGCGGAAGCAGUGAAGGCGAUGAGGAAGCACCUAAUAGCAGAGGAGGAAGAAUGGCAAGAACAGCCCUCCUUCUCCUCCUCAUCCUCAUCCAAGAGCCCGUACGAUGAAGACACAGACUGGCAGUCGAAUCUUGAUAAAUGGAAGAGCUCACGACGGAAAAGGAAUGAAGAAGCUCUUGAAAGAGUGAUAGAAAUAAAGAAAAAUGAACAGGAAGAAGAAUUUAGUCGCACCAGACGGAAGAGUAAAACAUUCAGCGAAAUGAGAGAGGACAAGACCAAAAGAGGUCGAAGAUACAACUUGGUGGUUCAUGAUGAUGAUAAUAAUGAUUUAGCAGAUUUGGGACUGAGCUCUGCUAAGAGCACGUCUUCUCUAAAUGACCCCCAUGAAGAGAAUGACGUUAAAGAUCUCGAUCAAGACAACAAAGAUGCAAAGAGUGAUGCCGGAUUCUGCACAGGAUCUGACACUGGUAGUGAUGGAGUGUUUGCUGAGGACAACAUCAGUGAUACAUCCUCAGCACUUGGUGAUAAAAAAGAAGCCCAUGACUCUCUCCUGGAUUCAGGGUUGACAAAGGAUGAUGAACCUCACCUCAAUGGCCACAGUUCUGGCUUAACUACAGAUAUCCUGCAAGCCAAUACUGCUUCAAUUAUAAGCUCAGAUGAGUAUACAUAUGACAAGGCCAUUGAGGGCUACAAACAGUAUGCUGAAAAUAGUGCCAAAAGAAGAACGUCAAGCAUAACAAGUCUCAACAGCAACACAAGCUACACAAAAGAUGAUGAGAGAAAAGAUGAAAAGUUUAGAGUAAACAAUCGAUCACCCAGUCCAGUAAAGAACAACAAAUUAGAAGAUAAACUGAAUUACUUUUCGAGAGAAAUGGAAAAUCAGUUUAGAUCAAGCCCUGAGCCUAAGGUCAUAAUGAGAGAAAAGUCGCCAAAAGUUGACAUAUGUAAACGAAGGUCCAUGUUUGAAAUGAAUGUAUCCGUCUCAGUUCAGUGUACAAAAGAGCAGAAGCAAGUCCACAGAAGAUCACUUGAUGUGUCCAAUUCGUUACGCAACAAAGUGGCGUCUUUCGAGAACUUAGAGACUGAAUCGCCAAGAGCUCGUAGCAUCACACCGAAUCGAGAUACUAGCUUGAAAAGUAAAGUAGCCUCAUUUGAAAACCUUGAAGUUCAGACUCCUAAAGUACGUGGAAUAACUCCACCUCGUGAUACAAAAUUCCAUGAAAAACUGGCAACCUUUACAUCAUCAGAAAUUGAGUCACAGCCAGUUCACAAAAAGACACCAGAGAGAGAUGUUAAUUUCCAUAAAAAGCUUGCAUCAUUUACUAGUAUCGAGAAUGGGGAGGAGGAUAAAGUUCGAGAACGAAAGACCAUUCCUGCCAGAGAUCCAAUGCUGAAGAACAAGAUUGCAUCAUUUGAACAACUUGAACAGGCAGCAGAAGUUUCAAAGCCAGCUCCGGUCGAGGUGUCACAGAAGAGUCGAGAAAGAUCUGUCAGCUUGGAGAAUCUGGAUGAACCACAAGUUAAGGAGGUAAUGCGUCCCGCUGUUUCCGUUGGGAACGUGGGUCACCUGAGUUGUUCCCCGCCAACAUCAUUUAUGGUGGUGAAUUUAGAGGGUACUGGGGUUGAAGAAGUUUGUUUAAGGCGAGCUAAGCCAGUGAUGAAUGCUGAGCCAGAUGCUGCUAGUUCCCAGGACGAGACAAAACGCUCUACUAUUUAUGAAACUGUAGAGAAGUGCCAAGUAACAAGAGAUGUUGACUCAGCACCUAUGUAUUCAAUAUUCCAGUACCUCAGCCCUGAGGUCAAUGCCCAAGUGUUUGAAAUUGCUUCAAAGCUUGAAGAGACACCACUUGUCGGUUCUCCCGUACUCAAGGCUCCCACUCUUCCUCUGCCUGUACCUCCAACACAAGAAGAAGACUCACUAGAGACCUCUAAACCUUACACUGAUGAUGAUAUCAAUGAGGUAAUCAGUGAUUAUGAACAAGUCGGUGGAUCGUAUGAGGAUUCAUCAGACCAUGCAGAGAAUAUUUAUGAGAAUAUAACAGAUGAACCCAUGUAUGAAAACAUUUACGAAAAGGUAAAUGACGAGAGCAACUCAAAUUCCGAGAGUGAGCCUCUCAAUGAGCCCCACCACUACCAGACUCUAGAGGAAGUGAGGGAGGAGGUCAAAGCCACUGCUGCCGAGGAAGUCAAGGCUCCUCCAUCUCCUGAGCCACCAGCUCCAAUGCCUCAGGCUCCUGUAGAAGAACCUCCUGUUGUUGAAGCCCCAGAGGUGCUAGACGUGACGUGGACGGACGGCCCCUCCUCCCAGGCGGCCCCACCCUCGGAGCCUCCUCCCCCCCCUCCCCCUGAUGACGAUUCAGACGAAGAUGCAUCUGAUCAGCUGCAGAGUCUUCCAGCUCAGGAGGAGGAUGCUGCAUUCACACGGGAAAAUUCAACUCGUCGGAUCAAGAAGGAAAUCUGGAGGCGAAGAUCAGACUUCCUUGGGACUUCGUCACAGUACAUUGAGGAAGAACCUACAGUGAAACCUCCUCCAGACCUCAGUGAAUUUUUGAGGAAGGAGAGAGAGGUUGAUCGUGUGUUAUUGGAAUCCCAGCAGUCGAAGAUUUCAAACAAAGAGAGACUUUUACCUCAAGACUGCGUGUUAGUGAAUGAAACAUUGUACUGGACUGUUGGCAUUUAUAUGCCGAGAUCCUAA